AUGCCCUUCUUGUCAUCAAAGUCAAACUGCAGGCAAGUCUCAGACAUUAAGCUUAAUAUUAAUGGGCAAGCUAGUAGUAAUAAGGUUGACAUCUCCAAGGCUUUCGGGGAGUAUUUUGCAACAACUGCUGAUGGUAUUGGCCAAUUGGAUAUAAAUAAGUGCUGUCUGGGUGAUUUUGACAAUCAGAGCAGUGUGAUGGCCAUAAGGGCGGCUAACCACGAUAAUGGUCAGUUCUUCUCUUUCCAAAGCGUUAAACCUUGUGAAGUAGAGGACAGGCUUAAAAAGCUGAAGCUAGGCAAGGCUAUGGGAAGGGAUCUAAUCCCCCCGAGGGCACUUAUAUCUGGGGCUAGUGAAUUGGCUGUACCACUUGCCAAUCUGUUUAACAUCUGCAUUAAGCUGGGGUAUUGGCCAACUGACUGGAAGAAGGGAGAAUGGACCCCAGUUCACAAGAAAGAUGAUCAACUGCAAAAAGAAAACUAUCAUCCUGUGACUGUGCAAAUUUUUAUUAAGAAAAUCUUUGAGCAACUCCUUUCUUCCCAAAUCACUGAAAACUAUAAUAAUCGCCUGUGUGACCAUUUGACUGCAUAUAGAGAGAGGAACAGUUGCGAGACUGCCUUGUUGUACCUGACUGAGAACUAG